ACACCAUCAUUAAUAUUAUGGAGUUUCACUUCAAGUACUUCUGCUCUUCUUGAAUUCUCUUAUUGACUGUUCGUGUGGUUCGUAUUCCUUCACGUACUAUUCAUACUAUGCAUGAUCCUUCCACUCUCCCACCAGUUUUCGCCAUUUUCAUUUCUCCGUCUUCUUCCUCCAACGCGGACUAAAACCCUGAGCCGUCUGUCUAUAUGUUAACCCUGCAAAGACCCAACACUGGCGUCCAAAGCGACAAUCAAGAAGAAGAUGACCAACAAGUCAGAGACAUCCACGCUUUAACCCCGCCUCACGCCGCCGCCGCCGCCAGCCGUACCCGUUGGGAUCAGACCAGCCGCCGAUCGUCCUCCAUGUCCAUGACCAGCGAAGCUGGAAGCUCCACCGAGAAUUUCACCACCAUGAGCAGAGAAUUCAACGCUUUAGUCAUCGCCGGCUCCUCCAUGGAUAACAGCAGCAGCAACAACAACAACGACAUGCUCACCAACGGCGACAACCAGUACUUGUCCAGGAUUGGAGAGGAAGAUGAUCGUGAUCAGGAAUUGGAGACCAACCCUUUGGCCAUCGUGCCCGAUAAUAGCAGCCCACUUGACCGGGUUCCGGAUCCGGUGCUGGUCGGGGGUGGGUUGGCGGGUGGCGGGAAUGGUGAGGUGGCGACGCCGUCGGUGCAGAGGGUGAAGAGAGAGGAGGUGGAGACUAAGAUAACGGCGUGGCAGAACGCGAAGGUGGCGAAGAUUAAUAACAGGUUUAAGAGGGAGGAUGCGAUUAUUAAUGGGUGGGAAAGAGAGCAAGUGCAGACGGCUACUUCUUGGAUGAAGAAAGUUGAGAGGAAGCUAGAGGAGAAAAGAGCAAGGGCACUGGAGAAGAUGCAAAACGACGUCGCAAAAGCACAUAGAAAAGCAGAAGAGAGAAGAGCAUCAGCUGAGGCCAAGAGGGGAACCAAAGUGGCCAGAGUUCUUGAAAUUUCCAAUUUGAUGAGAGCCGUCGGUAGAGCUCCUGGCAAAAGAUCCUUCUUUUAAUUACAACAAUAAUAUAUAUAUAUCUAUAUCUAUAUCCAAUGUAAAUAUAUACAUAUAUAUCUACUGUAUAAGUCUGUCCUAUCUAUACCCCCCCCCCCCCCCAACAAGGGAUACUAGAGGUUGUGGACGUAAGACUUGCCCCAUUUUGGAGGGCUCCUUCAUCUUUUGGUUACAGGAGUAGCACCAUCUCAGAUGGGGCAGCAAAGAAUUGAAUUAUGAUUACCAUUAAAAUUUAUAAUUAGUUGAUUAAGCAUGUAUUAAGUACUGAGACUUAAUUUCAAGGCAUGUCUUGAGUAUUUCAAGUGUGUAAUUGGGAUUUUGGGUGAGGGUUUAUUUGGUAAUGGUGGUGAAAAAAGCAAAUUGGAAAUAUGAUUUUAUUUUACCUGA